CUUAGGUUAUAAAAGUUUCUUGAUUUUUGACAUUUAUGAGCAGGUAUAACCUUUAAAAAAUAAUAAUUUUAGAAAAUUUCUCUGAGAAAAAUGAAAUUGGUAAUUCAAAGAGUUGCAGAGGCUAGUGUUUCAGUCGACAGUCAACUAAUUAGUAAAAUUGGUAAAGGUUUAUGCGUUUUGGUGGGAAUUUCAAAAUAUGAUACUCAUGAAGAUAUGAAAUAUUUAGUACGAAAAUUAUUGAAUGCUAGACUAUUCGAUAAUGAGAAAAAAUGGAAUGCAAGUGUAAAAGAUAAACAAUAUGAAAUACUUUGUAUUAGUCAAUUCACAUUAUGUUAUCAAUUUAAAUCAAAUAAAUUAACGUUUCAUAGAGCCAUGGAAACUGAAAAAUCUAAGGAAAUGUAUGGAAAUUUCUUAAGUGAGCUUAGAAAUCAAUAUGAUUCAAGUAAAAUAUUUGAUGGAGUUUUUGGAGCAUAUAUGGAUGUUUGUAUAAAAAAUGAUGGUCCAGUUACAAUUACAAUUGAUUCACCCAGCGAAUCAAAGAAACCAGAUGAAGAGAUCAAUCAAUCAUAGAUUUUGCCAAUAUUUUUUAUUUUAACCGCUGAUUUUACUCAUCUCACGAGCGUACAUAAUAAUUAAACCCAAGCGUUUCAUCCUUCACCAAAGAA